ACGCUGCGCGCGCCGUGACGUCUGCACACCCGGCUCCUGACCUCUGUUCUUCGUUGUCUGCUCGCGCCCUCGUCCUCCAGCGCAGGCCUCCGGGCUCCGGCUCCGGUGUUGUUUGGGUGCAGGCCUAGUGUGCUCUUCAAAGUGACUGAGCAAUGCAGAAGGACAGUGGCCCACUAGUGCCUUUACAUUAUUUUGGUUUCGGCUAUGCAGCCCUGGUUGCUACCGGUGGGAUUAUUGGCUAUGCCAAAGCAGGUAGUGUGCCAUCCCUGGCUGCUGGACUCUUCUUCGGGGGCUUAGCAGGCCUGGGUGCCUACCAGCUGUCUCAGGAUCCCAGAAACGUGUGGGUUUUCCUAGCUACAUCUGGGACCUUGGCUGGCAUUAUGGGGAUGAGAUUCUACAACUCUGGGAAAUUUAUGCCGGCAGGGUUAAUCGCAGGAGCCAGUUUGCUGAUGGUUGCCAAACUUGGAAUUAGUAUGUUGAGUUCACCACAUCCGUAGUAGCCAUAUUUCUGCGUGGGCUCAUGAAGAGCGAAACUCUCCAGACCUCCACAUUCCAAUGUUGAAGAGAUAAGUGCAGCAUAUUUACAUAUUCUGACAUUUUUCAAAGGCCUGCCCUGAGCACACUGAGGCGAAGAUGUGCUGCUACUGUGGUGGCCGUUCAGAGGCGGCGAGUGUCGACCUCAGAGCUCAUGCUGCCUUUAUGUGGCUUUGUUCUUGCAUAAUGAUGUCGCACCUUUCUAUUAGAUAAAGGGGUAAAAUGUUGGGUGUCAACACCAGAGCUACAUGUCCUGCCGGGAAGUGUGAAAUCUCUUCAUGACAUUGGUGAUGUGAGAUCUUUUGCACAGGUCUGCUAUGAAAUUAUGUUACAGUGACAUAUCAGUGAAAAUAAAGUUUUCUAUUAAGAAUGUU